AUGGGUGCCGUAAUUUCUUUGCCAGUUAGCAUGGCGGGCUCAUUCGUGGCGUCCUGUUUUGGAGGUUGCUGCUCAAACUUGGUGACUAAGACUGCAUCUUCCCUAGGAUCUUCUUCUUUAGGGACAAGACUUCUGUACGCCGUUUGGCUUUUACUUAACUCAUUGAUAUCAUGGGUGUCCUAUUCUGCGAACAAAUCAAUCCUAUGGCCAGGGAAGACAUGUACUGGGACUGGGGAAUGUGGAUUUUUUACAGUUCAUAGGUUGAAUUUUGCAUUGGGAUGCUUACAUUUGAUAUUGGCGCUUGUACUAACGGGCGUAAAGUCGACUAAUGACGUAAGAGCAGCAUUACAGAAUUCGUGGUGGAGUUUAAAAUUUAUACUGUAUUUAUGUCUCAUUGUUUUGUCAUUUGUCAUCCCCAAUGACUUUUAUAUUUUCUUUUCCAAGUGGGUGUCAGUCCCUAGUGGAGCAAUUUUCAUCCUGGUUGGGCUUAUAUUAUUAGUAGACUUCGCUCAUGAGUGGGCUGAAACGUGUAUUAGUCACGUUGAGUCAGAAGAUGAAGAUUCCUCAUUCUGGCAACGAUUUUUGGUUUUAGGGACAACUUCAAUGUAUACCGCAUCGAUUAUCAUGACUGUUGUUAUGUAUGUUAUGUUUUGUCAUCAACAAUGUAACAUGAAUCAAACAGCGGUAACAGUCAAUUUAAUAUUAACUGUUAUAACGCUUGUCUUAUCGGUGAAUCCUAAGAUCCAAGAGGCCAACCCUAAAAGUGGGCUGGCCCAAAGUAGUAUGGUUUCUGUUUACUGUACUUAUUUGACAAUGAGUGCCAUGUCUUCCGAACCGGAUGACAAAAUGUGUAAUCCGUUGGUUAGAUCUAGUGGAACCCGUAAGUUUAGUAUCAUUUUGGGCUCUUUAUUUACUUUUAUUGCGAUUGCUUACACCACAACUAGAGCCGCUGCUAAUAGUGCUUUUCAAGGCACCAAUACUAAUGGUGCUAUAUAUCUCGGGAAUGAUAUCGAGUACGAAGGACUAGGUGGACAGACAAGAAAUCAGUUGAGGUAUGAAGCUAUUAAACAAGCUGUAGAAGAAGGAUCUUUACCGGAAAGUGCCUUAUAUGAUACCGCUUGGUUAGGGACAUCAUCUCCUACAGGCGCAAUGGAUAACCAAAAUGAUGAUGAAAGGACUGGAACCAAGUACAAUUACACUCUGUUCCACGUUAUAUUCUUUCUGGCAACCCAGUGGAUUGCAAUUUUACUAACAAUAAACGUUACCCAGGAUGAUGUAGGUGAUUUUAUACCCGUAGGAAGAACAUAUUUUUAUUCUUGGGUAAAAAUAGUUAGUGCAUGGAUAUGUUAUGCCCUUUACGGUUGGACAGUGGUAGCCCCAGCGAUUAUGCCCGAUAGAUUUGAUUACGAGAAUUACUAUUAA